CCGCCAUUUUUCUACUUUACUGAGCGUCUACGAACAGAGCGUGGCAUUGCACUUACAAAAUAUGUAAUAUUGUUAUACGAACGAAGAAAUUAGUUGUUAUUUACAAUCUUUAUAAACUAUAUUUCUGUGGUGUGUGUUUAUAUAUGUGUAUAUAAAUUUUCUACUGAUAAAUUCAUUGUAGCAUUCGAAUAUGAAGAAAUUCCGAUAAUUUCGAACGACAUAAAGUAGUGGUACAAAGUGAUCAAAACAAAGCAUAAAGCUUACCUUUAAUAAAUAUUAUUCUAUAAACGCAAAUUUAAGAUGAGAAAUGUUUGACGAAUAUACUUAAUAUUGUGAAAUAAGUUAUGGCUUUCGUAUAAUCAGCAAUCUUGUAAACACGUAUAAUAAAUACGAAAAGCAUUCAUGAAAAAAUAGCAUAUUCAAGAUCAGAAUGAAUACUGUAAAAAAUAAUUGUGAAAGUGGAAGCGGUUUGGAAGAUCUCGGUAUACCGGGACAAGUUUUCUUAAGAGAUGCAUUAACAAGUUGUACAGAUCCAUUAAAAGCAAUAGAAGAAUUUCAGUUAGAAAAUGGUAUUUUAUUACCGUCAUUGCGGCCCAUGUUACCUUUACUCGAUCUUCAUGGUGUAAGAAGACUAGAUUUUCAUGCAUCAGUUCUUGAAGAAUUAAGAGAAAAACUGAUAAAAAGAAUCAAUGAAAUAGGCACAGAAAGAGCAGAUAAAGGUUCAUCGGGAGAUAGAAGGCUAAAAGAAUUAUUGUCCAAAAGUUUUCCAGCUGUAAGAGUAUCAGCAUUGAGGCCUGUUGUUAUGUGUAUUUUAAGGAAUACACCGCACAUAGAAGAUAAAUAUUUACGAGUACUUGUUAGAGAAAAGGAAUUAUACAAUGACGCAGAUACAGAAGUUAAACGACAAAUCUGGAAAGACAAUCAGAGUUUGUUUGGAGAUGAGGUUUCUCCAUUGUUCAGUAGAUAUAUUAUUGAAAAGGAACAAAUUUUAUUUGACCAUAGAAAUUUAAAUAGUCUUUUCUUCACACCUUCUCCCAAGGUAAGACGACAAGGUGAAGUUGUACAAAAAUUAGCCCAUAUGAUUGGACAUAGUGUAAAACUAUAUGAUAUGGUAUUACAAUUUUUGAGGACAUUAUUUUUACGUACAAAGAAUAUACAUUAUUGUACUUUAAGAGCAGAAUUAUUGAUGGCUUUACAUGAUUUAGAGGUCCAAGACAUUAUAUCUGUUGAUCCAUGUCAUAAAUUUACUUGGUGCCUGGAUGCAUGUAUCAGAGAAAAGAAUGUUGAUGUUAAAAGAUCCCGUGAAUUACAAGGAUUUCUGGAUAGUAUUAAGAGAGGACAAGAACAAGUAUUAGGUGACUUAAGUAUGACCUUAUGUGAUCCAUAUGCAGUAAACUUCCUUGCCAGCAGCGCUAUUAAAAUUGCACUACAUUUAAUAAAUGGCGAAGCGUUGCCACGAGAAAAUGCAGUCCUUGUUUUGCUGCUAAGAAUGCUUGCAUUGGGUUUGUCGGCCUGGCAAAUGAUUGAUUCACAAGAUUUCAAAGAGCCAAAGUUGGAUAGUCAAGUUGUUACAAAGUUCCUACCAGCACUUAUGUCUUUAAUGGUAGAUGAUCAAAUAAGACAACUGAACUGUAAACUUCCACCUGAUGAGAGAGAAAGUGCAAUUGCUAUUAUAGAACAUUCUGGUCCACCACCUGAUGCUUGUCAAGCAUAUGCACAACUUUCAGGAGUUGCUGCAGUUUUAUCAAUGUAUUACGCAUUACAUGUAGGAGGAGGUGGUGGUGUUGGAAGAGCAAGGGGCGAUGCUAGAGGAUUAAUGAGAGUUUUAGCUACUUUACCAAAUUGUCAAGCACAACGUGCAUUUGAAGAUCCAUUUUUACAUACAUUGGUGUCAUUGCUAAUACUAAACAUGGCUGAUGAAUUUUCAAAUGAGUCAUUCUGUACAGUUAUAUUUGACGAAUUUUUCCUAGCAGGUCUUGCAAGAGAUAAUGUUACACGACAUUUACUAAAAUUGCUUUGGUAUAUUUAUCCAAAAUUGCCACCAACACGAUUACACACAUUAAUGAAAGCACUUCAACCAACUAGUCAGCAUAAUGAAGCUGUACAUAAUCUCUAUGAGGCUUUACGUGAAAAAAUUGGAAGCCGUUCUACAGAGGAUCAAUUAGCAACGACUCCACAAAUAGAUACAUUAGGACUUGAUUGCCCACCUUCACCUCUCACUGGUGUCCCCACACCAUCUUCAUUGUAAAAAUCGCAGAAUUCAAGGUUUAAUACAUAGAACAUUGAUAAACCCGGUCUAAUAAUUUGUCUUACAAAGCAGAAUAUAAUCUACUCUGUACAUGUUUCAUCAUACGAAAAUCACGAAUUCAAACGUAAUACAAAUUUUAUAUUUUCAUACGACUGUAAAAAAUAACAUGAAAAUAUGUAUUUUCUAUUUUCA